AUAAUUUUAAAAUUUGAAAUAUUUACCUUUUUAUUGCUGGAAAAUUCGUUCAAGGGCAAUACUGUAUUUGACAUUUAUUCAGAAACUCUCAUUCCUAAAUUUACUCCCUUAAUUAUUGGUUUCUACUCACCCAUGAACCACCCACCAUUUUUUAGUUCAUUCACGAAAACCUACACACACCAGCACAUACAGUUACACACAUGCACAGGGCGCCGCUCCCUCUUUUCGGAGAAGAUGGACGCCGCCGCCAGGUUCAUCGCCUUCACUCUGCCGCCACAGGACGAUCACCGCCGCCGUGCCCUAGCCACCUCUCUAUCUCUCUCAGACACACACACACACACACACAUUGUGAAAAGCAGCAGUAAGUUUCUGCAGAUUGACAAAGAGAUUGAAGUUUCAUCAGUAUUUCUGCAUAAUCAUCCUUCAUUUCUGCGUAAAGAUGCAUUUUCAGAGGAUGGAGUGAAAGAUAAGAUGGUGGUGGCGAAGAAGGUGCUGCAAGGAUCGGCGCCGCCGAGCUGCGUGCGGCGGUGAUUUUGAUUAAGAGAGCCCCUGGUUAUGCUUUCAUUGAUUUUGAUUUGUUGCUUGUAUCAGAAAUGAAUCUUGCGAUGGCGAAAGAUGUAAAUGAGAGCAAUUGUGUAAUUGAUUUUUUUUAUUUGUUUUAGUGAAUUAUGAUAUUGAUGUUCUUGUAUAUCAUUUGUAUUUGUUCAAAAAAUUUGAAUUGUUAUUCACAUCUUGUAGUGACAUAUUCAUUUAAUAUGAAUAAUGGAUUGCUUUAAA